AGAGACGACGAAGAUGAGGCUGAGAUUGAACGAAUCAAAGGGACGAGACGACAGCUGCUUAGCCAGCGGCCACAACAACUUCCCAAUUUGAUUUGAUUUCUCAAAACAAAGCACACAUCGUCCACACCUUCACAUUCCUUCAAUUCCAAAACACUCGAAGCAAAUAUUCAUGGCAACUGCUUCGCUGCUCCAACCCAACCCAUUGAAAUGGAAGCAUAGCAGCUGCCCAUUUCUCUUGCCUCCUCUUCGUCCUCUGCCCACCAAGCCAAUCAAAUUCAGCUCAACCUUCGACGUUGAACAAGCUUCCUGUAAUUUCAAGGUCAAAUGCUUCAAGCACUCAACCGACUCAAAACCAGACCUUGAUCACACUCAGUCUCUGUCCCCUGUUAUCAAAGAUAACCCAGCAAACCCGCUUGAGCUUAUCACCAGUAAACUAUUAAAUGCUCUCAAGGCGUUGAGAAAGCCGGCAAUGGCUGCCGUUUUAUUGGGUCUGUUAUUGAUGUCCGACCCGAAUUCGGCAUUGGCCGCCUCGGGAGGGCGGGUCGGGGGGAGCUCGUUCUCGUCGCGGUCGUCUUCUUCGUCGUCGUCGUCGAGGAGCUACUCGGUGCCGAGGACUUCAAGUUCAAGACCCGAUUUUUCGUACUCCGCGCCUUACUACGCGCCUUCGCCGUUCGGGUUCAGUGGGGGUGGUGGGGUUUACGUUGGGCCAGCAUUUGGGUUCGGAGUGGGUGCCGGGUCGAGUUUCUUUCUGAUCUUGACGGGUUUCGCUGCGUUUGUUUUGGUUUCGGGGUUCCUCUCGGAUCGGUCCGAGGGUAGUGUGCUUACUGCUACCGAGAAAACAAGUGUUCUCAAGCUUCAGGUUGGUUUGUUAGGCAUGGGGCGAGCACUUCAAAGGGAUCUUAAUCGGAUUGCUGAAACUGCAGAUACUUCUACCUCUGAGGGUUUGGGAUAUGUUUUGACAGAGACAACACUAGCUUUGCUUCGGCAUCCUGAUUAUUGCAUCUCAGGUUAUUCAUCUGUUGCUCAAAAGCGAGGCAUAGAGGAUGCAGAGAAACGCUUUAAUCAGCUUUCUAUUGAAGAAAGGGGUAAAUUUGACGAAGAGACACUUGUCAAUGUGAACAACAUAAAAAGGCAAAGCUCAUCAAGCCAGAGAGCUAAUGGAUUCCGCAACGAAUAUAUAGUGAUAACGAUUUUGGUGGCUGCUGAAGGAGUGCAUAAGUUGCCCGCCAUCAAUGGUAGUGGUGACUUGAAGGAAGCGUUGCAAAAGCUUGGAUCCAUUCCCUCAAACAAAAUAUUAGCAGUAGAGGUGUUGUGGACUCCUCAGAAUGAAACUGACACUCUGUCGGAGCGGGAACUACUUGAAGAUUACCCGCUUCUGAGGCCUUUAUGAGAGAACAUUCCGGCCACUCUGCAUUAUGCUGCAAGAGGUAUGAACCGGACUGCAUAUUGGAUGAAC